AUGGAUAGAUAUACACAUUUCGAAGAUUUAUCAAAUGAAAUUUUCUUCGAAAUAUUUGAUUGUUUACAUGCACUUGAGAUUUUUACUGGUUUUACUUCAUUAAAUAAACGUAUUUCGUCUAUAUUACAAUCAAUUCCACUUCGUAUUGUUGUUUUAUAUAAUCAUUCUCGUCGUCAAGUUGAUUUUGUUUCUUCUCAUCUUACAUUUCAUGCUCAUCAAGUUAUUUCGAUAAAAAUUUAUGAUAAAAUUCGUGAUUAUACAUCUGUUAUUGAUUUAUUAUUUCAUCGACACAAUUUUACUAAUCUUGAAUCAUGUCUUUUGGUUGCAAAUAGUUUGCCAACGAAACUUGAAAAUGUUAUUAAACUAAUUAAGACUCUGAAUAAACUUGUUUCAUUUAGUAUUCUCGCACCAAAUGAUUAUACUAUAAGUACAAUCGAUAAAUGUGACUUAACUCGAAUUAUGUUAAUGCACAAAUCAUCUGUUCAUUCAAUUGAACUUAAUUAUCGUUAUCAUUACAUGGAUAUAUCAAAUUAUACGCCGAUGCCUUCGAACCUGAUCUCACUUAAAUUAUAUAUUUCUGGUUCACCUUCUACAGUAUCUGUUUAUUCAAUUUUAUCAAUUCUUCGCCUUUGCCAAACAAUUCGAUAUUUAGGCAUCAUAGUGGGACAGGAAGAUCGAAUUGAAAAUGAUAAUAUCAAUGUUUCAAUUUCAACACCAUCUAUUAAUGAAAAUGAUCUUCCUAUAUUACCACACGUUAUAUCUUUCGAUUUAGAGAUUCUCGCUAGAUGUGAUAGCCGUUCAAUUGGUUAUAUUUUACGUUGUAUGCCUAAUCUAAUGUAUUUUUAUUUUCUUCUCGUGACACGAAAAGCUGCGUGGCCAUUUCCUGGUGAAUUACUUGAUGGUCAUGUGUGGCAAGAAAUAUUAAAUUUAGAUAUUGUUGUCAAUUCAUUUGAAUAUUUUGUAAAAAAAUAUUUUAAUUGGAAUAUAAUUAUUGAUCGAUGGAAAUUUUAUUGUCGGCCUCAAGAAGAAUUUGUUAUGUUAUGCACAUUUAAUUAUCGGAAACACAAAGCAAACUUAUAUCUAGAUAUUCCUGUUAUUUAUGAUGGAUCGUUUGCAACACAAUCAACAGCACCACAUAAUCAUCAUCUGCUUUAUUCUAAUAUUAAAAAAUUAAGAGUAUUCAUAACAAAGAAAAUGCCAACUAUUACUUGGUCUUCUUCUCCUUUUCAACAAAUCAAAUAUCUGAUUGUAGAAAUGCCAAUAAUACGGUCAUCGUUGUGGAACAGUUUAUCCAAUAUUGAUGUACUCGAUUAUAUAAUGUGUCUUUUUGCUUUAGUUAACUUUAGUAAAACGAAUGAUAAUAAUGUUGCACAACAAAGUGUUACUUAUCUCUCAUAUUUUGUUCAGUUAUCUCAUGUAUCUCAAAUAGAAUUUGGAUCAACAUUUGAUAUAUCUAGAUGGAAAGAUAUUCAAUUUAUUUUACAAGCAUAUCCAAAUGUGAUUAAUCUGAUAAUUGGUAGUCGAUUAUUGGUUUUAUCAGAAUUAAUUGAUAAUCCAUCUCUUAUUCCAAUUUUCAAACAAAUUAAAAUGGUUAAAUCAAUAACAAAAAAAAUAUAUUUUCCUUCAAAUUUAGCAUCAAAACUUGUUCAACGUUUUCCAUCACUUAUUCAUAUUGAACUUCAAGAUCUAUUUUGA